UGAUGGGCUAUUUCUUCCGACAUGUACAAAUAGAGCCGCGAUGGGCUCAUCAAGACGACCCAAUUCGACUCGCACGCGAACUGACGGCUUCGUCGUCGUCUUCUCCUGCUCUCUAUUCCCUCCUCCAUAUUCGCCUUCGUCUUCUUCAUCAGCGGGCUUCUUUCUGAUCCUAAAUCCUGUUCAUCCAGGUCGAGGGAUAGUUGAUAGGUUCCUUGAAGGAAUCACUGCCGCUGGCCUGUCGUCGAAGUCCCAGCUCGCCGCUCAACUGGUGAUGGAAGAGGUAAAGCAUAAGUCUAGGAAGGAGGAUUCGGAGAGGAAGGACGGAGAUUCGAAGAGGAGUCACCGCGAUCGGGAUCGUGAGAGACGUCGAAAGAAGAGAGAGCGCGAGAGUCGGCUCUCUGAAAGAGAGAAGAGCAGCGACUCUGAUGAUACGUAUGAGAGGGAGCGGGAGAGAGAGAGGGACAGGGAUAAGGAUAAGCGUAGGGAGAGGGAGAAGGAUAGAGCCAGGGCUCGUGACAGUGAAAAGGAAAGAGCUAGAGAAAAGAAGAAAGAUAGGGAAAGGGACAGGGACAAGGAAAGAGAGGACAGAGAUAGGGAGAGGGAGAAGGAGAAGGAGAGGGAGAAGAGAGAACGAGCAAGGGAGAAAGAAAAAGAAAGGGAGAGAGAAAGGGAGAGGGAGAAGGAGGAGAGGGAGAGGGAGAAGAGAGAAAGGGAGAGGGAGAAGGAGGAGAGGGAGAGGGAGAAGAGAGAACGGGCAAGGGAGAAAGAAAAAGAAAGGGAAAGGGAGAGAGAGAAGGAAAGGGAGAGGGAGAAGAGGGACAAGAAGGACCGUGAGAGGGAUAGGGAUAGAGAUAAGGAGAGGGACAGAAGGCGAGAACGGGAGAGGCGUCAUGAAGCUGAUAGCGAUUACAGUGAUGACGAUGCCAGAGAGAGUGAGAGGAAACGGCGGAAGCGAGAAGAUGAUGAUGAUGAUGAUGAUCGUGAGGGGAGAGAACGUGAGUGUGGUAGGAGCAAGGUCAGUAGGCACAGGGAUCAUAGUGAGGGCAGCCCAAGGAAAAAGACUGAGGAGGAUGACUCAGAGAAGAAGCUCACCCGGGAAGAGGAGUUGGAAGAUGAGCAGAAACGGCUUGAUGAAGAGAUGGAAAAGCGAAGGAGAAGAGUUCAGGAGUGGCAGGAGUUAAAAAGAAAGAAGGAAGAACUGGAGAGGGAAAAGCAUGGUGAGGCAAAUGCAGAGAAACCCAAAUCUGGGAAGGCCUGGACACUCGAAGGGGAAUCUGAUGAUGAAGAGAUGGGGAAAUCAGAUGCAGAUAUGGAUGUAGAUGAAGAUGAAGAUACAGCUCCUAAGCUUGCCAAAGAACCUGCAGAUUCUAUGGUGGUAGAUUCUGAAAAUGGAGAUGCUGCGCCUGUUUCAGAAAACAAGACUGGUGAUGCUGCCCCAGAUGAGGAGAUUGAUCCUUUAGAUGCCUUCAUGAAUGAGAUGGUGUUGCCUGAGGUGAACAAGCUGAACAGUGCUCCGGAAGCAACAAAUGUUCCUGAAAUUGAUCCGAAUUCGAAGAAAGCUGGUAAGAAAUCUGAUCAAACUAAUGGUAAACUGACAAGGAAUGGCCUGAAUAAAUCAAUGGGAAGGAUAAUCCAGGGGGAGGACUCAGAAUCAGAUUAUGAGGAUGUGGAGGAUGGAGGUGAUCCCUUAGAAGAUGAAGACGACGAUGAGUUCAUGAAGAGGGUGAAGAAGACGAAAGCUGAAAAGUUGUCCAUAGUCGAUCACUCUAAGAUUGAUUACCAACCAUUUAGGAAAAACUUCUAUAUUGAAGUAAAGGAGAUCUCUAGGAUGACAGCUGAAGAGGUCACUGCCUACAGGAAACAGUUUGAACUGAAGAUCCACGGAAGAGAUGUGCCUAGACCAGUUAAAACUUGGCACCAAACCGGACUUACCAGUAAAAUCCUGGAGAUCAUAAGAAAGCUUGACUAUGAGAAGCCCAUGCCAAUUCAAGCUCAGGCGUUGCCAAUUAUUAUGAGUGGGCGAGAUUGCAUUGGCAUUGCUAAAACUGGCUCUGGUAAAACCCUUGCAUUCGUUCUGCCAAUGUUGAGACAUAUCAAGGACCAGCCUCCCGUAGUGGCUGGAGAUGGACCCAUUGGGCUUGUGAUGGCACCUACAAGGGAGCUCGUCCAGCAGAUUCACAGCGAUAUAAAGAAGUUUGCUAGGGCUAUGGGCAUCGGAUGUGUUCCUGUUUAUGGAGGCUCAGGCGUUGCCCAGCAGAUCAGCGAGUUGAAGCGGGGCACAGAAAUUGUGGUCUGCACACCUGGAAGGAUGAUCGACAUACUUUGCACUAGUGGGGGUAAGAUAACGAAUCUACGCAGGGUCACAUAUUUGGUGAUGGAUGAAGCCGAUCGUAUGUUUGACAUGGGCUUUGAACCGCAAAUAACUCGGAUUGUCCAAAAUAUACGACCAGAUCGUCAGACAGUGCUAUUUUCUGCCACUUUUCCUCGUCAAGUUGAGAUUCUGGCCCGUAAAGUUCUGAACAAGCCUGUAGAAAUUCAGGUUGGUGGAAGGAGUGUUGUCAACAACGAUAUAACUCAAUUGGUCGAGGUGAGGCCUGAAAGUGAAAGGUUAUUGAGACUGUUGGAAUUGCUUGGGGAGUGGUACGAGAAGGGUAAAAUACUGAUAUUUGUGCAUUCGCAAGAGAAAUGUGACGAUUUGUUCAGGGAUCUGCUCAGGCAUGGUUAUCCUUGUCUUUCACUUCAUGGGGCUAAAGAUCAGACCGAUAGAGAAUCCACCAUAGCGGACUUUAAGAGCAACGUCUGCAACUUAUUGAUUGCGACCAGUAUAGCAGCUAGAGGUUUAGAUGUUAAGGAGCUUGAACUGGUCGUCAACUUUGAUGUUCCAAACCAUUAUGAGGAUUACGUUCACCGAGUGGGUCGGACAGGUAGAGCUGGCCGAAAGGGCUGUGCUAUAACAUUCGUCUCUGAGGAAGAGGCCAGAUAUGCACCCGAUCUUGUUAAAGCCCUGGAGCUUUCAGAACAAGUUGUUCCUGAUGACCUAAAAGCUCUUGCUGAUGCCUUCAUGGCUAAAGUGAAUCAGGGGCUGGAGCAAGCCCAUGGGACUGGUUAUGGAGGGAGCGGCUUCAAGUUCAAUGAAGAGGAGGAUGAAGUCAGGAGAGCAGCGAAGAAGGCGCAAGCAAAGGAGUAUGGAUAUGAGGAGGAUAAAUCGGAUUCAGAUAAUGAAGACGAUGGGGUUCGAAAGGCAGGUGGAGACAUCUCACAACAAGCUGCUCUUCAAAUUCAAGCCCAGCAAAUGUCAAAUCCCCUUCCCAGUAUUCUCAGUAACGUCUCUAUGCUUCCUGACGAUGGGGCAGCUCGUGCUGCUGCUAUAGCUGCCGCCAUCAAUCUGCAACAUAAUCUUGCGAAGAUCCAAAAUGCCUUGCCCGAGCACUAUGAAGCAGAGCUCGAGAUUAACGACUUUCCGCAGAAUGCCCGCUGGAAGGUCACGCACAAGGAAACUUUGGGCCCGAUUUCGGAGUGGACUGGGGCAGCAAUUACUACACGAGGGCAGUUUUUCCCACCUGGAAGAAUACCAGGCGCAGGAGAACGCAAGCUUUACCUGUUCAUUGAGGGCCCCACUGAGCAGUCCGUCAGGAGAGCUAAGGCGGAACUCAAGCGUGUCUUGGAGGACGUCACUAAUGCCGCAUUAUCCCUUCCUGGUGGAGCCCAACCGGGCAAAUAUUCAGUUAUUUAAGUGUAAGGACUUAAACCUAACUUAAGACUCCCCAGUUUAUAUUGUUUUCCCUUUUAUUGUCUUCAAAAAAAUCAUAAUUUGGCAUCAAAUUCAAUUGAGAUUGCUUAUUAAUUCCUAUUUUCCCAGCUCUUCUCACGUGUAAUGAUUCUUCAAUCUCGUGUUGCUUCUUUUGGGGAUUUUUAUGAAUUUUUUUCCCCUUUUGAUUCCCCUUUCUUUUUCUUGUUUCCUUUUCCUUCUUGUGGCGCCGAGGAUGACUUAAGACUGUGCUGGCAUGUACCGUAUGUCUGCCCAGUGCCAUCCCUGUUGUGGCCCGAGAGAGAUUGCCCAAUUUGCCCACCAUGGUGCGACCGCUUCUUCAUCAAGUCGUCAUCGAUUUGAAUGGAUGUCAUCAGAAUUUCUAACCUUUUAACUUCUGUCCAUCGUUAUGGUCGGUUACUCCCGGUAUCUGUUAUGAUAUUAAUCAUGUCUCAACUUUGAUCUUGCAGAUUCAAUUGCAGACUCCGCUUGCCUGCAGAUGGAAUUUUGUUCAAUAUUUUCACUCGUUGAAACAGAACCAGGAUUACUGCUUAGUUUGUUGUCUAUGGCCUUUUUUUUUUUUAAUCAAAUCAACUCAUCUGGUGUACUCAUCUGUUCCUGUCCCGUCCUUAGCGAUGACGGCUCAGGUUAGUAGGAAUUCAUGCUCGAGACUGCUGCUGUCAGUGCUGCGCCUUCUCCAUCUUGCUCAUUUUGUUGGCCAUCAUAGUUAGCCUAGGUUGUUUUGUUUCUUGUAUUCAAACUGAAAACCUCCAGAACCUAUGCCGAUCAUUGAUGUUGACAAUCAUAUGACUGGAUAAAUUAUAUACAUGAGUGGCAUCCUUAUCCCCA